CCCCCCCUUUCCUUUUCAAGCUCUUGUGCAGGCAGCUCCCGCUAUGGCUGCGCUGCGGAGGCUCCUGUGGCCACCGCCUCGGCUCCCGCCCCCGCUCUCUUCCCACCACCCCUGCCCCGCGCCCUGGGGGAGGCCCGCGGGGGUGGCCGCGGGCGCACCGGGCCGGCCCUUCUCCUGCCGGGAGGAGGAAGGGGCUGUGGCCGAGGCUGCGUGGGGACAGCGGCGGCGCUGGGGGGAGCUGAGCAUCGCGGCUGCAGCCGGAGGGGGUCUGGUCGGCCUCCUGUGCUACCAUCUGUACGGGGACCCCCGGGGCGACUCCGCGAGGGCUCUGGCCCCCGAGUGCCCCUCCGAGACUGCGGCCACGGAGCUCGAGGAUCCGCCCCGCGGCCGGGGGCUUCUGCCCAUCCCGGUCGCGGCCGCAAAGGAGACGAUUGCUAUCGGCAGAACAGACAUUGAAGACUUAGACCUCUACGCCACUUCUCGGGAAAGGCGAUUUCGUUUGUUUGCUUCUAUAGAAUGUGAAGGCCAGUUAUUCAUGACUCCAUAUGAUUUUAUUUUGGCUGUUACAACAGACGAGCCUAAAUUUGCUAAAACGUGGAAGUCAUUUUCCAAACAGGAAUUAAAUCACAUGCUGUCAGAAACACCUCCAGUUUGGAAGGGAUCAUCAAAACUAUUUCGGAGUCUUAAAGAAAGAGGUGUGAUUUCCUACACAGAAUAUCUGUUUCUGUUAUGUAUUUUAACAAAGCCACAUGCAGGUUUUAGAAUAGCUUUCAACAUGUUUGACACUAAUGGCAAUGAGAUGGUAGAUAAAAAGGAGUUUUUGGUGCUUCAAGAGAUAUUCAGAAAAAAAAAUGAAAAGAGAGAAACUAAAGGAGAUGAAGAAAAGCGUGCGAUGCUGCGUCUUCAACUUUAUGGAUACCAUUCUCCUACUAAUAGUGUACUUAAAACAGAUGCUGAGGAACAUGUCUCCAGAAGCUAUUGGGAUACACUGAGACGCAAUACAAGCCAAGCACUCUUUUCAGAUCUCGCAGAGCGUGCUGAUGACAUUACAAGUUUAGUAACAGAUACCACACUUCUUGUACACUUUUUCGGAAAGAAAGGAAAAGCUGAACUCAACUUUGAAGAUUUUUAUAGAUUCAUGGAUAACCUCCAAACAGAAGUUCUAGAAAUAGAAUUCCUUUCCUACUCUAAUGGAAUGAAUACUAUCAGUGAAGAAGAUUUUGCUCAUAUUCUUUUACGAUACACAAAUGUGGAAAAUACUUCAGUAUUUUUGGAAAAUGUGCGUUACAGUAUACCUGAAGAAAAGGGCAUCACAUUUGAUGAAUUCAGGUCAUUUUUCCAGUUUCUGAACAACUUAGAAGACUUUGCAAUAGCCUUGAAUAUGUAUAACUUUGCAAGUCGUUCUAUAGGACAAGAUGAAUUUAAGCGUGCCGUCUAUGUAGCUACUGGCCUCAAACUUUCACCACAUUUAGUGAACACAGUCUUCAAGAUUUUUGACGUUGACAAAGAUGAUCAAUUAAGUUAUAAAGAAUUUAUUGGAGUUAUGAAAGACAGACUGCAUAGAGGAUUCCGGGGCUAUAAAACAGUUCAGAAGUAUACUACUUUCAAAUCCUGCCUCAAGAAGGAACUUCAUAGCAGAUAAGUACUCAAAGCAGAGUUGGAGUAAUUAUUCUAUAAAUGACAAAAGAAGCAAACGUUUCAGAGAGCAGAAGUAGUUCUGAGAUCAGAACUUGUAGAAAUGAAGGAAAAGAUGAAACACUAAGAAAAGUAUACAUUUCUUGAACUAAAUUCGUGAAGAUAGGACAGAUAAAAUGUGUCUUAUUGUCAACUAAAAACGUUAUAUAUUAUCAACCUGAGCUCUUACCUUGACUUACUGAACUUUUUCAUUCCCUUCAGAAGUAUAUGGAUACUUCUGAUGAUUGUAUAAAAUUGUGUUUUCAUUACUUUUUAUUUAUCAGCAAUUUGCCUCAUUUCAAAGUAACAUGACUCUUAAGAAUGUAGAUCACAUAAAAAUGAACAAUGUAUUUGUUUUAGUUUUGAACUGUGAACUUUUCAAAAAAAUGAAUAUUCCUUGAGAUUUAUCUGCCCACUUUUAGAGUUGUUAAUGAAUCCUCAUUACUUGCCCUUAUAAAAACUAUUUUUAAAAACAAAUUAAAAUUAAUCAUAGUUUACAUUGCACUUUAAGUUUUUUAUUUGUUUGUGUUUAUUUGUUUUUGUCUUCACUGGGACUUCAGUGCUCCAGGUUAACUUUUUGAGACACACAGAGAGAAAAACACAGCCUUACUGAAGCUUUUUUCAGUAUGGUAGGGGCCAGGCUUGAAACUAGUUGAUGCCCAUGACAAAGCAAGCAUAGUGUCCAAGUGAGCUAUUUUGCUGACCAUGUAGUAUAACUUUUAAAGUACUUAAUAUAUAUUGUUUAAAUCAUUUUGUUAUUGUUCAUUUACCAAAGGUAACAUAAUGAUAUCCUUUUAUUUAUACAGUAAUUUAAAAUGUAGGAUAUUUUUUCUCAAAAAAAUAAGUCUUAUGUUGUUGAUGAUGGUAUAAACAGUGGUAGCUGUAGCAGUACUUACUGUUUCUGUCUUAAAUAUGAUUUUACUCUGAUUGCAAAAGUGUAUGUUAGUAACUAGUAGUAAAAAUAAUAUCUUUCACCUGUAUAGCUUGUUAUAUAUUGUUAGUACAUGUGUGUAGACUCAAAAUAAAUACUAUGAUAGGCUAACAUCAAAUGGCUUAAUAACUGAUAGUAUAUAUUAGAUACAAAUUAAUAUUUUAUCUCUUGCAAAAGGACCUGAUACAAAAGUGAUGCUAAACAAUCAGUAACUUAAAUAUAAUGGUUUCUAAUUUGUGUCGUAAAGGAGAAAAAAAAAAAGUUUUCUGUGGAAAAAUAAUGUGAUAGCAAUUAAUGAAAAUCUGUUUAAUUAAAAAUAAAUAGUUUGUUAAAGGAUAGUAUACCAAAGUAGAAUGAUUAUUAAAAAUGACAUAUUCCUAAAUUACAUGUGGAAAGUAGUUCUUUAGUUUCUCUUCUAAAAUGUACUAAAUGUGAAUUAUAAACACUCCAACUAUUUUCUUGUUUUUGCAUAUGAAAUUGAAAACUUUGUUUUUUAAGUUGUUAAUGUGAAAUUGAUUAAUUCUAUUUUAGCCUAUUUGUAAAAGUAUUGUUUUUUAGUAAAUGUUAUUACCAUUGGUUAUGUAUAUGUUAAACUUUUUAUAUUCUUUACCUGAUAUUAUUUAUUACACUGAUACAGAAAUAUGUAAUUCAUAAAUUUGAGUGACUCACAUAAUAAUGUCUUAAUUUCACCUACUUUGAAGGUUGAUUUAACUGACCAAAUGAAAAUGGCUACCACUCAUUUAUUAUGCUCCAGGUCUGUUUUAGUCUUAAGAUAAUUUUUAAAUGCAAUUUAUUUCUACCUUUGACCAUGAUUUAUUUUGCAUACAUGGGAAAACUUCUAUUUAAACAGUCUUAGAAAUAAAGAUUAAAAACUGAGUUUUUUCAUUAAUAUUAUCAUCCUGACACUCCCCUAAGUGAUACUACAUUUGCAAUUUUUUAUUCUUUGUUGUUUAUUGGGAAGAAUGAAUAUUUAUCUAUUUACAAUAUUAUAGACAUAAUAUAAGAAUGAAAUUAUAAGAAAUAUACUGAUCAAUUAAAAUAGGAAAAGUAGUAGAUUACAGUGGUUCCCUUCAAUAUUAACAUCUUGAUGUUUAUUAUUUAUAAAAUGGGAGAUAAAAUGUCUCACUUGAUUAUUGUUUAUAUCAAUAUUUUAAGUUCUUCAAAGUAGUAAUAUGCUAAAUACAUGUAUGCUAUUAUUCUGAAUAUUCCCUCCUACAAACGUUUAUUUCUGAAGAGAAUAUAUAUAUAUAAAUUUUUAGUAUCCUUUUAACAAAAAAUCUGCACGAUAAAAGCCUAAUUAUUUCAUAUUGAAUUAAUUUACCCUAAGUUCCCAUUUACGGUUCUGAGUAUAAAAUUAUAAACAACUUGCCAUACCCAUCAUUAUAUUAUCUUGAAAUAAAUGUACCUGCUCUUGGAUCAAGAAA